UUCCAGCCACAGCCACAGCUGAUGGUUUGUGUGUCAGGAGCGCAGCAGGCUCUGCACUUUGGGUCAGCUCGGAGCUUUCCUGGUGUCCUGGGACAUCCCUGGAGGAGUUAUCCCAACACACACCCCCUGGAGAUGUGAGCGUGGUGCAGCCCGGAGAAUUCCACUUAAGAAGCAGAGGGAUCAUUGUCUGCAGGAGCCACUUUGGAGCUCGAUGUGCCCCAGCAGCCUCUGACCCCAGGCAGGCAAAGGAGGGGAGAUACAUCUCAAAUUCCAACCUGUGUCCAGAAGGAAGAGGAAAGGAACUGACACACAGGACCCCUCCAAACAGGACAGAAGAUGUCCUCAUCAGUGCAGCUCUUCCGAGACCAGAGGUACCACGAGCUGAAGGGGCAGUGCCUGCAGCAGGGGAUCCUCUUUGAGGACCCUGAGUUUCCAGCCUCAGAUGAAUCCCUUUACUACGACUCAGCAGCAAAAGGGAAAGUGGAAUGGAAGCGGCCAAAGGACCUCUGUGAAGACCCCCACCUGCUUGUGGAUGGAAUGAGCUCCCACGACUUCCACCAGGGCAAGCUGGGGAACUGCUGGUUUGUGGCUGCGUGCUCCUGCCUGGCUUUGAGGAAAAGCCUCUGGCAGCAGGUGAUUCCAGACUAUAACGAGCAGGAGUGGGACCCCAAAAACCCAAAGAAAUACGCUGGGAUUUUCCGUUUCCGCUUCUGGCGCUUUGGAGAGUGGACAGAGGUGGUGGUGGAUGAUCUGCUGCCAACUGAGCAUGGGGAGCUCAUCUACUGCCGUUCCAAUGUGAGAAAUGAAUUCUGGAGUGCUCUGCUGGAGAAAGCUUAUGCUAAGCUGGCUGGAUCCUACCAAGCCCUGGAUGGAGGCUGUGCUGCAGAAGCCCUGGUAGAUUUCACUGGAGCAGUGGCAGAAUCCAUCAAUUUGGAAGAGGGCAAAUAUGGUGAGGCUAUUCCUGAGCAGAUGAAGCUGUUUGAAGACUUGAUGAAAGUGCAUAAAAGAGGAGGGUUCAUCAGCUGCUCCAUUUCAGAGUCCCCUGGCCGGCCCAGUGAGGCAGAGACAGAGAUGGGGCUGAUCGUGGGCCAUGCCUACUCCGUGACUGCCAUCAGGAAGCUGCGCCUCGGGGAGAGCCUGGUGUUCUCCUUCAAGGCAGAAAAGCUCUUCAUGGUCAGGCUGAGGAAUCCCUGGGGCAAAAAAGAAUGGCAUGGUGCCUGGAGUGACAGUUCUGAAGAGUGGAAGAAAGUCAGCGAUUCUGAGCGCAAGAAUUUGGGGCUCACAGUUGAGAACGAUGGAGAGUUCUGGAUGACGUUUGAGGACUGGUGUAAGAAUUUCACGGAUGUGGACAUCUGCAGGACUGUGAACACCUCCUGCUUCAGCCUCCACAAGACCUGGGAGAAGGAAAUGAUGUAUGGGGCUUGGGCAAAGCAUCCAGAGCCCCUGCUGAACCGAGCUGGGGGCUGCUUUGAUAACAGAGAGACCUUCCUGCAGAACCCCCAGUACCUCUUUGAUGUAAAGAAGGCCCAGGACAAAGUGCUGGUGUCCUUACAGCAGGAGGAUCGCCGCAAGUACAAGAAAGAAGGGAAAGGAGACAACAUCACAAUUGGCUUUGAAAUCCUCAAGGUGGAGGACAACAGGAGGUACAGGCUGCACAAGCUCACGGUGCAGGAGAGAGUGGCCACGUCUCCCUACUCCAACACCCGCAGCGUGUUCCUGAGGAGGACCCUGCAGCAGGGCCGCUACGUCCUGGUCCCAACCACCUACAUGCCAGGGGUCCCCACAAAAUUCAUCCUCAGGCUCUACACAGAUGUGCCCUCAAAACUCAGAGAGCUGAAGGCAGAUAGGCCUAAAAUGACGUGUUGGAGUCUCCUUUGUGGCUACCCACGCAGCGUCACCCAAAUCAAAGUGCACUCUGCAGAGGGUUUGCAAAAACAAGACAGAUCAGGAGGAGCAGAUCCCUACGUGCUCAUCAAGUGUGAGAACCAAAGCCGGCGCUCCCCGGUGCAGCACGACACCACCAGCCCCGUCUUCAACACCCAGGUGAUCUUCUACAGGAAGGGCAUCGACAGUCCUGUCACCAUCCAGGUGUGGAACAGCAACCUCCUGAGCGACCGGUUCCUGGGGCAGGCGGUGCUGGCAGCCCCCCCGGGUGAGCCCCCCCAGCAGCAGAGGCUGCAGCUGCGGGGCAGAGGCGGCGGGGAAGCGGCCGAGGUGCCGGGUCACAUCAGCGUCACGGUGCUGUGCAGCGAGGACCUGGCCGGGCUCUGAGCUCCGCGCAGCCACACGGAGCUGUCGCCUCUCGGCAGCGCAGGGAGCACAUCAGCAUAAUCGCUUUAAAAGGGGGGGGAAAGCCCUCUGUUGGGAAAGGGGGAAAUGCAUAUUUAUCCAUAGCUAUGCUCGUGAUACAGCUCAUGCAGUAGGAGAGUGUCGCAAUAGGACACGAAAUUAAACCACACAGACACUGGAACGGCAAGGUAAGAAGAAGAAGAAGAAGAAGGGUGGUUUAUUUCUUGACUCGAACAUUUAUAGACUUUCAAAAGUGACAGUGGAUUGGAGGAUGAAAGUGCCACUUCUCCAAUGACACUGGACAAACCAAAUUUCUCUCAAAUUUCUCCUCCUCCAGAGAGGAAUGUAAAAACAAUAAUUAUUUACAUAAAAGUGCAUGAGAAACUCCGUUACAACAAUAUAAAUAUCAGAAGCCUUAGAAAAACUUAGAAGAACAGGCUGACAGGAGAGGGACCAAAUGGAAUGCUGGCAGGGAAGCUCGUGGGGAUGGGAGCAUGGUUGAGGAUGCAGGCAGGAAUGGCUGCAGCUCCAUCGGGCACCCACCAGCAGCUUGGGAACUGGCAAGUACAAGGGGGCUUCAUGGGGAUUUUUUUCCAUAUCCUUCCCAUAGAAGGAUAUAAAUUUCUUGAUGAAUUUCACUAUAGAUUAGGUGUUUCUGUUCCUUGGUGAAAGUGUCAAGGAGCUCAGCCGUAGCUCAUGGCCUUAAGACCAGUCUUGCCAGGACAACAUUAAAACAGAGGGGCAGAUCUUGCAGUGCCUGUUUGAACACACAGCAAGUAAGAGCUUUGUCCACCCAAAGGCUCUCAGACUGACUUUCUGAUUGUUCUCUUCUCCGCCUGGAGCUGGUCACUCACAGUUUGGUAUCUCUGUCCAAGGGCACCUCACAGUUCAGCUGGGGCUUUGCUCAGAGCACAGAUUCAGUAAUGGGAGCCUCCUUGCUUUGUUUAAGCCACAUUAUACUAAAAAUGGGAUAACAGCCCUCUUGUUUUGGUAGAUGUAGCACCAGCCCGAAAGGAGAAAAUGAGCUCAUGAGAAGGGUGGGGUUGUAAAAGCAGGGUGCUGUUCCCUGGCAGUUGUCAGGUCUCACCCUCAAAAUUUUGCAGUCACUUAUUGCUGUCACGGCUGAUGUUUGAUGGAGUUUCACUCGGGUACCAUGGAGGAUGGGUGUUAUUUCACAUUUCCCUCCCAGCAGGAGUCUGGUGCCAGCUCUUCCCUCCCCCUGCAGCCCUGGCAGGGUUCCCUCAGCAGCUGUCUGGGGUGGGCACGCUGGGCACUGACCCUGGCAGUGCACAGGGCUCUGUGCCAGACACUCAGAAAUGGAUUUUACACAGCUGCAGAUUCCGGGUGGGAAAGUGAAGCUGAAGGACUAUUAUUCCUUUUUACAGCCAGGAAAUACGGAUUUCUGUGUGCCUUGUAGCCCCUUCAGCCACACUGGGCAAUUUUUACAAUUUAUGAAAUGGUCCUUGACAGAGCUAAUGUUUUCACAAAAGGUCUCCUCAGGGCUCCAAAAAGAUCAUUGCUGUGGUAGGAAAAUGCUUUCUCUGACAUGGCAGAGAUGGUCUGUGGGGCUGUGAAUGAUGCUGCAGAGCCAUCAGCUCGCAUGUACCAAGGACCAAAAUCCAGCUCUUUUCAGACAGUUCGGGCUCAGGCCGUUUGGCACAGCAGAGAUCUUGUCAGAGGUGUGAACUACAAGCCCCACAGGCAAGUGACAUUCUCUGAAAGCUCAUGGCUUCAGGGCUGCUUACUCGGGAAAUGUUUUUAAACUGAGAUUUCUCUCUUGGAAAGCAUAAACUGUCUCACACAGACCAGAGCUUGGACAGGGGAACUGCGAAGAUCGGGGCUGCCCUAGUGCUGCACUGAGAGCUGUUUGCUUUGCUUUUCCUCACACUCUGUCCAGGCUGUGGGAGCUGCUUCCUGCAGUGUUCCCUGUGGGAUGGGGGCAUUCCCUAUGGAAUGGGAGCUUUCCCCUAUGGGAUGGGAGCCAUUCCCUGUGGAAUGGGGCCAUUCCCUAUGGGAUCAGGGCCCGUUUAGAGUCUGUUCCAUAUGGGAUGGGAGCCAUUCCCUGUGGGAUGGGGGCUGUUCCCUCUGGGGCUCAUUCUCCAUGGGAUGAGGGCCAUUCCUGGGGCUUGGCUUGGCCAAGGAUCAGUGUUCAGCCUGAAAAACAUUCCACUCUGAGAUGGCACCAGAGGUUUGUGCCUCCCUGCCCCACGAUUUGGCUGAGGGAGCUCCUGAGCCCACCGAGGGCACAAAGCCAGCUCAGCCCCAAGCUGGAGGGGAGUUCCUUGGCUCUUUCCUUGCAGCCCCACAGCCCUGGCCCCAAUCCCAGCACCACCACCCUGUCCCAGCCUCUGUCCCUCAGGGCUGUCCCCAGCAUCAGUGGGACACAGGGAGUGUGACCAGCAGUUCCUGGGCAUGCACAGCCUGGCAAAGUGGGAGCUCAGGGUGGAGGACAGACACGGUGACCCUGAGGCCUUGAUCAUUGUGCCAGCCCCAGACAUUGCCCCAGUUUGUCCCCGUGGCACGGGGCCAGGCACUGCUGGCCAGUGCUGCUCUGAGGGACUGGCAGUGCUGGAGCUGCAGGAGGCUCAGCAGGAUUGCCUCCACCUCUGCAGUGAUUGUUUUUGGGAACUGUUUGGUUUACCCAUGAGGUUUACCCAGCCUGGGAAUUCAGCUGGCUCUGCUGGUUUACAGAUGCUUCUGCCUUCCCAGGUGAAGCCAGGCAAGGGCAGGCUGAGAGGGGCUUGUGCUGCUGCCUGCUUCUAACUUUGGUACUUAAAAUUGUUCAUUUUUUUAACAAUAUCAACAUGUGGGAAAACAUCUUGGGUUGUUUUUUUGAGAGGGGAGAAGGGCUGCAUUUGUGUACAUACUCGAGCCAUCUCAAAAAUGAAAACAGGUGGAAAUGGGUGUAAAAUACUUCAUUGCAUACAAAAUAUUUCAUUGUAUACAAAAUAUUACAUUUUGUAACUUUUCAAUACGAAGUGACCUAAAUAAAAUUUUACCAAAAAAAUCAAUUUUAGCGAUUUCUGCGCCGGCGGCGGCCGCGAGGGGGCGCUCGGUGUCCAUCACACAGGUGUGACCACGGCCAGGUACGGACACCUGAGCGCGGGGUGCGACACACCCGGGUGAAAACGGCCUUUAGUU